CUUACUUGUCAUUGUCAAACGACCGAGUUUUCUUUCGGUCUUCGGUCUUGUGGUUUGUUUCGAAUUCCGUUUAUGUUUAAUUAAUGGUGUUCGAUUAAAUUAUUGAAAAGAUUACUCGUAUUUGACAAAGAAUGUUACUCACUAUAUACAAUUUGCCGUCGAGUACGCGGUACUCCGACGUGAAAAAUCUGAUAUUGGCAAAAUGUGGGCCUACGGAGGUGAUAUUGGACAACUUGGUCCCGCACCGUGAGAACGGUUCGAAGAAAGUGACGGUAGGGCUGGCAGAGGAAGAAGACGCAGCUAUUCUCGUCAGGAAACUGAAUGGAUUACUGGUUGACGGCAACCAACUGAUUGUGGAAUCUGUUAAAAAGAAACAGACCACUGCCCAAAAUGACCUGUAUAAGAUGACACCAACACAGCUGGCACAGCAAAAUAUGCAUUCUGGAAGGCCAGCACCACUAAUGGCCUUACCGUCCGGACCUCAGCAGCCAGCGUUACAACAACCAUAUUACCAGCAGACAAAGUACCAGCCUAGCUACCCGUUGGGCUUCUCCAACUCCUCGCAGACUGCACCUGCGGUAACACCUUCACCUUUUGGUGGACUGUAUGGCACCACUCAGAAUACAAACUAUGGCUAUCCACAACAGCUGUAUCAACAAAAUCAGCAGCAGAGUCAGUCUAUCAGCGGCUUUGAUCAAAGGGCGCCACUUGGAUUUAGUAACCAAGGAAGCACCCCUAGUGUCUGGUCAAAACAAAACGAUUGGAAUCUUGCUAGCAACGCGUCUGGUGGGAACCAAAAUUCCCAACAGGCCAGAGGUGGGGCUACUACUAGUACGAGGUGGGGCAGUCCUGACGAUAGGAGGUCUGCGCGUCACGACCCCCCUCGUGAUCACGGACGUGACAGGUCCAGACGUAGCGGACGUGACGAGCCUCGUGACAGACGUGACGAACCCCGCCGUGAUUUUGGGAGAGAUGGUCCGUCGCACGAUCGCGGUCGGGACGCACAGCGCGAGAACAGGCGUGGUGCGUCCUUCCGCGACCGUGACCGGGACGCGAGUGCGCGGGACCGCGGCCGCGACCACCCGCGCGGUGCCCCCGCCCGCGACCCUCCCCGCAAUCGCCCCCGAGACGAACCUUCCAGAAGACCCGAGCCCGGUCGAGGUCCGAAACGUCAAUACAGUCCACCACGCCCCCAGCAAAGUGGACGUGUCACGAGAGCCACUGCUCGGCAGCAACCUGCUUCACAACAACCGUCACCAUGGAUUAAACCGCUGCCUAACAAAACGAACGCUCAACCUGAUUAUAUGCCGCCUUCAAAACGUCCGAAACCUGGCCUCGGCUAUGUGAAGCCGUUCGAUAAUCAGAAAGGAGAUUUUCAAAAUAAAAAUAACGUGGGCAUCGUGCCUGCAAAACCACAGGUGGCUUUUCAAGCUGCAACUCCGGCUUCGACUAAGAAGUAUCCUAAGAAUGCUCCGGCGAGGUUGGAGCUCCGGUCGGCCACGUGGCGCAACCAGCUCACGUCGUUCUUUGCGAAGCAGAUCUUGAGCAACCCGCCUCGCAAGACCGACCUGGACGAGACGUUGUUACUGUCGGGGUUAAAGCGUGCCAUCCGCCAACGCAUGGAAACGCUGUUCGGCAAAAAUUUAAAGAUCACUUGCGACGAGAUGACAACGAUAUACAAACAGAAACACGAUGACGCCGAAGUAUUCCAAGAAGUUGUCGACCACAUCACGAAUCAUGGGUUCUAUGUAGUAGACAGCCCGGAUAAAGCUAAGCCAUUCUCGAAACUGCUUCAUACAAACGACAAGCCCGCGGCACAGAUGAAAAAGGAAGAGGUUCAACAACCAGUAAGAACUGAACUGAAAACUGAAGAAACUGCGAAAACAUUACCUUCAUAUCCACAAGGAGACAAGCGGCAAAAUAAGGUGCAUAAGAGGAAUACACUGGAAAUGUUCAUGAAUGAACAAAUUAUUCUGUCGCGACUGGAUGAGGCCACAUUAAACGCCUUGAAUACAGAGAUGGAUGAAUUAUGUGGACUGAUACCAGAGGAGUUAAGUGAGGUACCCCCGCCCGCACACCAGACGUACCACGAUGUCGCUAAAACUGCCGUUGUAGAUGAUCUCAAGCGGAUCCUAAAACUGAACUUCGCAAGGCGCACAUUGAACGAAGGUCCAAUCCUACUGCGCAUUUUCAAUGCACCCAAAGUUAUAACCAAGAGUAAGUUGGCGCCAGUCCUUGCUGAGCUUGGCAUCACCAGCCUUAGGAAAUCGCCGAAAAACAAACCCAUGUAUAUUGGAUCAUGUGAAACUUAUGAGGUACAUGAUAAACUGUGUGCCAUGGAUCAUAUUAUUGUUGAUGGUGCAACAGUAACAUUUAAGCCACUGCAAUUAACUGGUAACCAACGUAAAAUCCAAAAAGAAAUGCAGAAACGAAAUAAAAUGCAAGAUGUUGAAAAUGAAGAACUUAAUGAAGGUGAUGAUAUCGAAGGCGCUGGAGAAGCUGAUGAGAAUUGUGAAGAAGAAACACAGCAGAAUAAUGAAGAAACAAGUAAUAUUAAUGAAGGAAAUGAAACUACAAAUGCAGAUGAUGAGACUUUCGAAAAUGGUGACUUAGAAGCCAAUGAAUCACAGGAAAAUAUUGAAAAUAAUGACUCUGGAAAUAAGGAAACUGAAACUAAUGCCAGCACACAAGAAGAUCAAGAAACAAGUAAUAUUGAAAGCACAGAUGGAAACAACGAGCCCAUUACACAAGAAAACACUGCUAAAGUUGAUACUGUACCAACAUACAUGCAACCUACAGAAAAUACAGGUAAGAUCAAUGAAUUACCUCCCGUAGAAAAUGAAGAUUUUACAGCUGACGUUGAUAUUGACGCAGACUCUGAAAAUGUUGGCCAAGGCUCCUUCAAAAUUGAUGCAGAAGGUGACAUGGAAGAUAAAGAACUUUCAGAUUUAAACGCUGAAGAUUUAGAAGAUUUUAAAACGAAAAUCAAUUAUGAAGAAAUUGAUAUGGCUGAUUUGAAUGAAGACGAUUUGGAAGAUUGGUGAAAUGUAUACCUAUGAUAAUGAAAUGCAUACGUAUUGUAUAUUUUUGUAAAAGAUCAAUGGUCAUCAAUUUGUUUUUUCUUUAAUUUGCUGUUGCAUGACGUAAUUUUCCAACUGGAAUCGAUUCAGUAUUAAAUGAAACAUUCAAAAGCAUGUAAAUGUAAAAUAUUCUUGUAAAUGUAUGAAAUUGACGAAUGAAGUAAGAAGUUCUUAGUAUUUAAGUUUUUAA